AACAUCACUGACGCAGAGUGCAUAAAUAUCGGAAAAGACUGACAUCAUUCCUUACUCAGAGUCCGUUCCACGGUCAUUCGUGUUUUUGUUAUAAUUUCUUCGUUAGCCGCCAGUUUGACCUCUCGUUGCGUAGCUGCAAGUGUAAUUUACUUCUGUUCCCUCAGAACUCUUCCGAAUCGUUGGAAAAUGUCUGCCAGUUUGGAUUUCUACCGGGUCGGCGACGCAAUCUGCGAUGAAAUUCUCGGUCUGUUGGAAAUGACUGCUAAUGAAACGCUCAAGAAGCAGGACGUCUUUCGGGUUGGAGUUUCAGGGGGCUCGAUUGCGAAUGUGCUAUCGGAGGGUAUGCAUGACUUGCGUUCGGAUUUCAGCAAAUGGCAGAUAUUCCUCUGUGACGAACGGAUUGUUCCGGAAGAUGACAAGGAAUCGACGUACGGUGUCUACAAGCGAGAUCUGCUCGAUUGUCAUCCGGGUUUUCCCAAAUCGGUUUUCUAUCCGGUUAACUGCAGUCUAGAACCGGUUGAGGCUGCUGCAGAUUAUGAUAAAACCAUCCGGAAGGCCUUCGGCUUAGAAAACUCCAAGGAGAUCCCAUCCUUUGAUUUGUUGAUUUUGGGAAUUGGUCCCGAUGGGCACACGGCUUCACUGUUCCCCGGACAUCCGCUGUUGGAGGAAAAAGAAAAGCUGAUUGCACCGAUCGAGAAUUCCCCGAAACCCCCGCCGAAGCGUGUGACGAUGACCUAUCCGUUGAUCAACAACGCGAAGGUUUGUCUGUUUGGUUCACAGGGCGAGUCGAAGGCGGAUAUUUUGAAGAAAAUCCUGGUGGACAAAGAUCAGUCUCUUCCGGUGACCAGAGUAGAUCCCAAAAAUGGUCGUUUGAUUUUCGUGGCUUGCGAUGGGGCCGCCAGCAAGAUUGAGGGCAAUCCGGGUCGUAAGACCAAAGCCUAAUAUGAAAAAAAAAUCGCAUUUAACUGUUCUAACAGGAUGUGCCUUCACAGUUCAAUCCAGUGCACUAAACGUAACUCAUAGGGAUUUUGUGAUAAGAAAUUAUCUCUUUUAUUGUUUUAUGUCGUAAAAAGUAAAAUAAAUUAUAUUACAUUAUAA